AUGUCAACUUUUGGUACUCUGUUCAAGGUGACCACAUAUGGUGAGUCCCACUGCAAAUCUGUGGGUUGUAUAGUUGAUGGGGUGCCUCCCAAUAUGUCUCUUUCUGAGGAUGAUAUCCAAUCUCAACUCUCUAGAAGAAGACCGGGCCAAUCAAAACUUACGACGCAGAGAAAUGAAAAAGAUCGUGUUCAAAUUCAAUCCGGUACGGAAUUUGGAAAAACCCUUGGAACUCCUAUAGGAAUGAUUGUCCUCAACCAGGAUCAACACCCUAAAGAUUACAGCGAGAUGGACAAUUAUCCAAGACCUUCUCAUGCAGAUUACACAUAUAUAGAAAAAUAUGGUAUUAAGGCAUCCUCAGGUGGAGGUAGGGCCUCUGCAAGAGAGACAAUUGGUCGUGUGGCUGCCGGUGCAAUUGCCGAGAAGCUGCUUAAACAGGUCAACAACGUUGAAAUCGUUGCAUUCGUAUCCGGUGUUGGUAAAUGCCAGUUGGAUAGAUCCUCUCAAAACCCGGAAUUCAUGGAUUUGUUACAGAAUAUUACACGGGAUCAAGUUGAUGCUGGCGGUCCAAUUAGAUGUCCUAUUCCCGACAAGGCUAGCGAGAUGACUAAGAUAGUCGAACAUUAUAAGUCCCAGAACGAUUCUAUUGGAGGUAUAGUCACAUGCGUGGUGCGAAACGUUCCUGUUGGACUCGGCGAGCCAGCAUUUGACAAAUUAGAAGCAAUAUUGGCCCAUGCUAUGCUUUCCAUUCCUGCCACAAAAGGAUUCGAAAUUGGUUCCGGCUUUGCCGGCACCGUCAUUCCAGGCUCUGAGCAUAAUGACCCAUUCAUUAUGAAAGGAGGUCAUCUGGGAACCAAGACAAACAAUUCUGGUGGAACCCAAGGGGGUAUUUCUAACGGUGAAAACAUUUACUUCUCGGUGGCAUUCAAGUCUCCUGCUACCAUAUCUAAACCCCAAGACACUGCCACAUACGAUGGAGAAAAGGGCGUCUUGACUGCAAAAGGAAGACACGAUCCCAAUGUUGUUCCAAGAGCUAUUCCAAUUGUUGAGGCGAUGACUGCCCUAACUUUGGCUGACGCUUACCUUAUUCAGAAGUCUAGAGCGUCAACGUUCGGCGUAGUGCAUUGA